UGUCUGGGUUUUAUGAACUGGCCAUUGCCAGAAAACCUUCUCUCUUCCCUCCAUUCGAAGCCCCUGAGAGUGGAGUGAGUGAGAGAGCAAAAAAUUGAAACCCUAAUUUUAGAGAGAGAAAGAGAUUGUUAGAGAGAGAGAGAGAGAGAGAGAGAGAGAGAGAGAGAAUGGAAGGGAAAUCGUACCAGAGGUUCCCGAAGGUGAAGAUCCGAGAAAUGAAGGACGAUUACUUGAAGUUCGAGCUGCGAGAGACCGACGCAAGCAUGGCCAACGCGCUUCGGCGCGUCAUGAUAGCCGAGGUUCCCACCAUCGCCAUCGACCUCGUCGAGAUUGAAGUCAACUCCUCCGUUCUCAACGACGAGUUCAUUGCCCACCGACUUGGUCUCGUCCCGCUCACCAGCGAACGCGCCAUGUCCAUGCGGUUCUCGCGCGACUGCGACGCCUGUGACGGCGAUGGCCAGUGUGAGUUCUGCUCCGUCGAGUUCCACCUCCGCGCCAAAUGCCAUUCCGACCAAACCCUAGACGUCACCAGCAAGGACCUCUACAGCUCCGAUCACACUGUCGUCCCCGUCGAUUUCUCCGAUUCCGCUGGCUACGACUCAUCCGAGAAUAGGGGGAUUAUCAUUGUGAAACUACGCCGCGGGCAGGAACUGAGGCUGAGGGCCAUAGCCAGAAAAGGGAUCGGCAAGGAUCAUGCCAAGUGGUCACCUGCAGCAACUGUCACCUUCAUGUAUGAACCAGAUAUUCGAAUCAAUGAAGAGCUGAUGGAUACUUUGACUUUUGAGGAGAAAAGAAAUUGGGUUGAUAGUAGUCCUACCAAAGUUUUUGACAUUGAUCCUAAUACCCAUCAGGUUGUGGUGGUUGAUCCUGAGGCAUACACAUACGAUGAGGAAGUGAUCAAGAAAGCAGACGCCAUGGGGAAGCAUGGGCUUGUUGAUAUUACUGCCAAGGAAGAUAGUUUUAUUUUCACUGUUGAGUCAACUGGUGCAAUCAAAGCUUCUCAAUUGCUGCUCAAUGCCAUAGAAGUUCUGAAACAAAAACUGGAUGCAGUGCGCCUCUCAGAUGAUACUGUAGAAGCUGAUGAUCAAUUUGGUGAAUUAGGUGCACAUAUGCGAGGUGGAUAAUUCUGGCCGUUUACUAGCUGAGCUCGUCUAAUGGAUCUUUUGUAGGUUUCUGGAAGAUCAACUGACUUGUUUGUGGGACUUGUUUAUAUGCCUUAUUAACUGCAAUACUUGUUUUGCUGGUACCGGAUGCUAAUCUUUCUUUGUAAAGCAUGCCUUUCCAUUUCUGUGAAACAUUUCAGUUCUAUUGAGGGGACUUGCCAUCUUACUCUUUGAGGUAGAAACAUACGAAACAAUGAUGUCAACAUUUCUUAUAGCUUGAAUUUUUCUACUCAACA